UUUUUUCUCUUUUUUUGUAAUAAACAAUCCACACUAAUAUAAUGACUAAACAACGAUCCUAUAUUAUUGAACAUAUGGAAGAUGAUAUGCAUGCUUGGUGUGUAUUGGAAUACAAGCAUAUGCUAAGCAAUGUUGGUGGUGAACAUCUUUGGUUUUCAUGUUUAUCUGAAGCUUGCAAAAAGAAUAUGCCAGAAGAACUCAAACAAGCUCAUUGUCAUUCUGAAGAUGUGUUACAUCUUCCUGGUGUUGAUCCCAAACGAGUCUGUUUAUUAGAUCCUGCAGCUACUUCUGAAUUGGCUCCUGAGGAUGGUGAUAAUUUUGAUUACUUUUUAUUUGGUGGUAUUUUAGGGGAUGAUCCACCAAGAGAUCGUACCAAGGAACUUCGCAAGUUAGGUUUUGCCGGAAGAAGAUUGGGUCCAGUACAAAUGACAACGGAUACUGCUUUGAACGUAACACGUCGUGUAGUGGAAGAUCGCGUACCAUUGAACGAAGUACCCUAUAUUGAUCAUCCAGAAAUUCAUUUCUCUAAACAUGAAUCUGUGACCAUGCCAUUCCGUUAUAUUGCUGAAAUCAAGACUAUCACCAAAAAGGAUGGACAAGUGAAAUCCGUCAAGAAACCAUUGAUGCCUCCUGGGAUGUUGGAAUUGAUCAAGAAAGAUAAUGAAAUGUCUUUCGAUUUUUAGUUUAUUAGUUUAGAUUAGAUGAUUUUUGUAUUAUAUUGAUCACAUGUAGAUUUUUAAGGGGAGGAAUAAAGAAUAAUAAUAAUAAUAUAAAAAA